AAAAGACUCGUUCUUCCUCUCAGCUCAGCUCACUCUCUCUAUAAAUCAUCAAUCUUCAACAUAUCAGCUCCACACGUGGUUCUGUGGCUUGCUAUAACCCCCACGUGUCAUCACCAACCUCUUGUAUCGCGUGUUGAUCACUACGAUAUACAUAUACAUACAGUAUAACCAUAACCAUAAGGGUAUUCACCUUUAUGGUUACUCAUCGAUCACUUUAUCAUGAAACAUAACAACAACGUCAGACUUCUCGCUGUUCUCGCAGACCCAGAAUCAGACGAGAAGAGCGAGUAUCGCUUCCUCGUCGACGGCGCUCACGUAAGAUACGUCACACUAGACGGGGGUCUCAUAGACCCUGAACAUCGCACAUACGAGCCAAAACUCCUCCCUCAACUCCCUGUAUUUCCCCCCGGGGACUGGAACGAGGGCCGUGUCGGAAAGGACGGGCAUACAGGGAAGCCUUUCUUCUGCGAGACGAGAAGAAGCAGUCUGCCUGGAAUUGGAAAUGUCUGGCAUGAUGUUAUGGUAGAUCAUCUUGAGCUCCGCCAAAUCGAGCGUGUGCGCCAAACACUCUAUCGUGUAUCGCAUCCUUCCUCUAAGACACCGGUACUGGCAAAGUUUGCGCAGUUUCCAUGGGAGAUUCCUUACUUCGCUGCUGAGACGACUUCGUACGAAUGGAUUCACGGUCAAGGCAUCGGUCCUGAGUUUCUCGGUCAUAUUCACGAGAACGGGCGAGUCAUUGGUUUCCUCCUCGAAGAGAUUCACAAUGCUCGGACUGCAGAACCUGAAGAUCUCGCCGCAUGCCAGCGAAGUCUGCAAAAACUGCAUGAUCUGGGUAUUGUACAUGGCGAUAUCAACAAGCACAACUUCCUCAUCAGACAAGACGGCGAUGCUGUCCUCAUCGACUUCGAGACAGCCUACAAGUGCACAGAUCCAGAUAUACUAGAUGAAGAGUAUCGACAUGUCAAAGAGAGUCUGGAAGAUACAUCAGGGCGUGGAGGAGCAGGUAUGGCGAGCGAUUCAAGUUCAGAUUAAAUGGGUUAUGAGUAUACGGAUCACGGUACAACAUAGUACCACAUGUGCAACAGGUUUUCAUCACGAAUAACAGGCGUUAUGUUUUUCUGAUACCAGGGUAUACAACAAAUGUCAAUUUAUCUUAUU